AAGCUGUCUUCCGGCUUGGCUCGUCAUUGUUCUGUACGGAUACAUAACAAAGCCGCCAAAUACAAUUCGGUCCUCCUUCAGAUCUCAACUCUUAUUAGCUAAGAUAGCUGCUGGAUGGUGCCACAAACUCGGACACUGAUAAGCAAAUAUCCGCAAUAAAGAGAAGAUCUUUGGAGUUGACUGUGAGACUCGCCACUCAUCACUCGUGCUGUGCUGGUAUCUUCCUUCAAAGAUACACUUCGCAACGCAACAAUCACAGAGGUCACUUUGAGAGGGAGAUCUUCAACACAGAGACAGAGAAAGCUUGAAAAGAGGGAUUUCAACCCAGAGAGAGGCAUCCCACACACUUUUAAAAUUCCAAGCAAUACAAAAUGGCGACGGAAGACACCAGCACCAGCAACGUUGUGGAGUUUGACGCCUUGAUAAUAGGCGGAGGCGUUUCGGGAGUAUCGGCAGCCUACCACUUGCAGAAAACUUGCCCCAGUCUCAAAUUUUGCAUCCUAGAAGCCCGAAAAAAUAUGGGCGGAACCUGGGAUUUGUUUGACUAUCCCGGCCUUCGCAGCGAUUCGGACAUGUACACAUUUGGCUUUUCAUUUCGGCCUUGGGCAAGUCAGACUCAAUCGGUUAUCGGAACCAAGCAAACCAUUCUCGACUAUCUCCACACGGUUGUCAAAGAAUUUGACUUGCAAAAGCAUGUCCAGUUUCAAUGUCAGGUACUAAACGCCGAUUGGGACUCCCAAGAAGGCAAUUGGACCUUGACCACAUCGCAAAAACAGAACCAUGACGACUCGACAACUACCGUCAUUUAUCGAGCACGCUAUUUGUUUUCUUGUACGGGCUAUUACAACUAUGAAGAAGGAUACACUCCUGAGUUUCCCAACCGAGAUGCCUUUCCGGGUCCUAUCAUUCAUCCCCAACAUUGGCCCAAAGACUUGGACUACAAAGAUAAGAACAUUGUCGUCAUUGGCAGUGGAGCCACGGCAGUCACAUUGAUCCCCUCUUUGACGGAGGGUCCCCAUGCAGCAUCACAUGUCACCAUGUUGCAACGAUCUCCCACAUUCAUGGCCAGCCGACCCUCCCACAUGACCAUCCUCUCACGAUCCAUUCUCUAUUGGUUUGGACAAGAUGCCACACGCUGGUUUUACAUUUUGUUUGGCAUGUUCUUUUACAACAUUUGCCAGUCAUUUCCACGUGCCUUGUCCGAGUUCUUGAUUGAUGGUGUCGAACAUCAAAUUGGAUCUGACAAAUUCAAGGAAGACGAUUGGACACCACGGUACAAGCCAUGGGAUCAACGUCUCUGUGCGUGUCCUGAUGGUGAUUUCUUUAAAACCAUCAAAUCGGGCAAGGCCAGUGUUGUGACGGAUCACAUUGUUGAAUUUACGGAGAAGGGUGUUCGGACAGAAAAGAACGAUGUCUUGCCCGCGGACAUUAUCAUUACGGCCACCGGAUUGAAGAUUCAUUUCUUUGGAGGCAUGAAUAUCACCCUGGACCAAAAGCCAUUGGACAUGCCAUCGCGAUUCAUCUACAAGGGAUUCAUGAUGAAUGGCGUCCCCAACUUUUUUGUGGCGGGCGGAUACACCAAUGCCAGUUGGACGCUCAAGAUUGAUCUGACCAUGCAAGCCGCAUCGGAUCUGAUCAAUAUCAUGGAAACCAAGUCGUAUCGAUACUGUCAACCCGAAUUACCCAAGCCGGGAAAUGAAAUGGAGGCUGUUCCUUCCAUUGAUUUGACAUCGGGAUAUAUUCAACGAUCGAAACAUCUCAUACCCAGCCAAUCCACAUUUUAUCCUUGGAGGCUCUACCAGAACUACUUGUACGACAAGUACUCACUCCAAUUCCAGAGCCUAGAGGAUGACACACUCAAGUUUUCCAAGUAGGACGAAGAAACGGCAGAAAGAGGAGAGAUGAUAUUGUAAGUGCAAUGAAAUGUCACGUUGACGGAGAGGAAACUAGACAAGGUCUGAAAUGAUAGAUGGUAAUUAGUUAAGUUAGGUUACCCUCG